GGGUGCAGAGACACGCUGCUGGAGCCUGAUCUUCUCAUGCAUCAUGUUGUGUUUUUGGGGAGCGCAGGUCAGAGAGGGUUUGGGGCUGGUAAAGCCUGACCAAGUCAAACAUGGCAAUUCUGGAAUACGAUCUGUGUGUCCGAAAACAGCAGUUCAGGACAUGUCCGCUGGAAGGAGUUUUGCUGGAUUCAUCCGGGAUGGGAAGGUCUCGGUCCUGAGAUUGCGCAGUGAAGACCGUAAUGAUGGAAAACUAAUGCAACUACAGCUAAAGAAUAACCAAAUCAGACUGAUAGUCUGUGGAGGAGAUGGUGCAGUUCUUCUUUCUGAUUCAGGAAAAGUUCUCAUCAUGGACAAAUCUACUGUGUGCAGGCCUCUCAAAAGUCUGGAAAACAGGCAGGUGAUUCAGAUCGCAUGUGGAGACCAUCAUUCAAUGGCACUAACUAAGGAUGGUCAGGUGUUCGUGUGGGGUGAGAACUCUCAUGGUCAGCUGGGUUUGAGGAAAGAUCAUCCCGGCUCUCCGUCUGCUCAACAUGUUCAGAGUCUGAGUGGGAUCCCGCUGGCUCAGAUCAGCGCUGGAGGAGACCACAGCUUUGUGUUGUCUCUCUCUGGAGUCGUGUUUGGAUGGGGAAGGAACUCUGCUGGACAGCUGGGCCUCGGAGACACUACAGACAGACACGUCCCAACGAUGGUAAAUAGUCUGAACCGGAAGAAAACUGUGUCCAUCUCAUGUGGAGGGGAACACACUGCCACUUUAUCAAAGGGCGGCACAGUGUUCACAUUUGGAUCCGGAGGUUCUGGUCAGCUUGGGCACAACUCAUUUAGAGAUGAACAUCAUCCGCGGGUGGUUGCUGAACUGUGGGGGUCUGAAGUGUCACAGGUCACAUGUGGGAGACAUCACACACUCAUAUCAAUCACAUCAUCAAAACUGAUCUACUCUUUUGGAUGUGGGACACAAGGGCAGCUGGGAAAUGGAAAAAAGAUUGGGCAGUCUGUGCCUUUCCCUGUGAAUAUGUCAACUGAAUAUAAUCAUGAAUAUACAAUUGAAAAACUCAUUGCUGGGGAGAAUCAUUCCUUUGCCUUGUUUUUCAAAAAACUUGGGGAUGAGAUGGAACAGCCCAAAUCCAAUCCAAGCAAAGAGAUUUUGACAUUAAAUGACAGAAUGAUUGACUGCUGGGUGUCUGAAAGUGAUGCAAAUUCAGCCAUAAAGAAGGAAAUAAACACAUUGUUUUCAUCUACUGCCUCUCUGAAUGGAAGUUUUCUCAAAACAAGUUGUGAUGACCAUUAUCAAACUUCUGAGAAUCAUUGUGGUUUGGAUUUUGAUCUGGUUAAAACAUCCUUUGCAAAGUUAUCAGAAAAUAAAAGCGUGAUAUCAGAGGUAGUGAAGGUGGUUCAGCAGACACUGCUGCCAUCUCUGAAUCCAAAUCCAGUUGGUGCGGAAGCUCUGAGAGUUUAUCUUCUCCUCCCUGAACUCAUCAGACAUCUCCAGGAACAACAAAGAACUAAACUCACUAAAGCGCUGGCCUCCAAAAUCCUUCAGCUGGAUCCUGAUGCUCACAGGCUUUUAGAGACAUACUGGUCCAAACUCCCUGACGACAGUCUCAAAAACGUGGUGGACUUAUUUAAAAAAGAAGCUGCUAAAUUAAUUUACAGGAUUGCCUUGGAAGAUAUAAACUGGGACAUACCAAAACGCUUGCAGACAUUUGUGCAGAUCCUUCAUAUAGUCUAUAAGGUCUGCUGCAAUACCAACAGAAACAUCACAAAGAGUGAUUUCAUCAUCCAUGAGAUCAAUGAUCUAAUAAUUAUGCUACAUGCCAAUGAGGACGAUUUGAGUGAUUGUUGGUGGACUGAGAUUAGUUCAUGUAUGGCAUUAAAACACUACUAUGAUACAACUUUAAACAAUCUGAAAUCAUAUCCAUACAUGUUUAACCUGGAGGCCAAAUGUAGCAUUUCGAAAAACAGAGAAUGGCUGGGCAGUUUUGAGCUGACUCUAAGACGCACAGCUCUGCUGGAGGAUUGUUUCCAUCAGCUGAAAACAGCUGCUCCCUCAGAAGACCUCACAAGAUACUGGCUGUCGGUGCUUUACAAGGAGGAUGUGAGCAGAAGAACAGAUGUCAACAAGAAAGACUUUUUUCUUGACGUGUUUAAAGAGCUUUGUGCACCAGAGUCUCAGCUGCUCAUGUACAAUGACAACAACACUAUGAGCUGGUUCCCAACAAAGCUCAGCGUGGAGAAGGAGAAGUACUUCCUGUUUGGGAUUCUGUGUGGCUUGCCUCUCAACAACAACUCUGUAGUGCAUCUGCCUUUUCCUUUAGCCUUGUUCAAGAAACUUCUCAAUGUCAAACCAUCUCUUGAAGAUUUGAUAGAGUUUAGUCCAGUUCUUGGCAAGAGUUUGCAGUACAUCCUGGACUACAGCGAUGAUGUUGAGGAAAUGGACAUGAACUUUACGGUCACAUGGGAUAAAACAGAAGUUGAACUGGAUCCAGCUGAGCCAGGAAAAAUGGUCACCAAUUAUAACAGAACUGAAUUUGUGGACAAGUAUGUGGAUUAUAUCCUAAAUAAAUCAGUGCAGGAAGUGUUUGAAGAAUUCAAGAGAGGCUUCUUCAAAGCAUGUGACAAAUGCAUGGUGGAGAUGUUUGAACCGGAGGAGCUGAGAGGAGUGCUGGUGGGCAAUGAGGAAUAUGACUGGGACAUACUCAAACAGAACACCACAUAUGAAGGAUCGUUUAAUGCUGAGCAUCCAACCAUCAUCUCAUUCUGGGAGGUGUUUGAUGAACUGACAUCAAAUGAGAAGAAGGCCUUUCUAUUGUUCUUGACAGGGUUCGAGAAAGUACCCAUUCUGGGUAUGAGUGCGGUGAAGAUGAGAGUGAGACCCCUGUUCAGCUUUACUCAGGACCAUCUACCAGAGGCCCUCACCUGCCAUGCUCUCCUAGACCUUCCUGUUUAUCAGAACAAGGAAACACUCAAGGCUAAACUAAUUGAAGCCAUCAACCACAAGAGGGGGUUCUGGGAAGAAGAGUGUGUUCGUCAGACCAGGAUCACUGUAGAGAGACUCUUCCGGAGUCUGAUCAUGUUGUGUUUUUGGGGCGCGCAGGUCAGAGAGGGUUUUGAGCUGGUAAAGCCUGACCAAGUCAAACAUGGCAAAUAUGGAAUACGAUCUGUGUGUCCGAAAUCAAAUGUUCAGGACAUGUCAGCUGGAAGGAGUUUUGCUGGAUUCAUCCGGGAUGGGAAGGUCUCGGUCCUGAGAUUGUGCAGUGAAGACGAGCAACUACAGCUAAAGAAUAAAAUCAGACUGAUAGUCUGUGGAGAAGCUGGUGCGGUUCUUCUUGCUUAUGGAGGAAAAGUUCUCAUCAUGGACAAAUCUACUGUGUGCAGAUUGUCUUGUCUCUGCAGGCCUCUCAAAAGUCUGGAAAACAGGCAGGUGAUUCAGAUCGCAUGUGGAGACCAUCAUUCAAUGGCACUAACCAACGAUGGUCAGGUGUUCGUGUGGGGUGAGAACUCUCAUGGUCAGCUGGGUUUGAGGAAAGAUCAUCCCGGCUCUCCGUCUGCUCAACAUGUUCAGAGUCUGAGUGGGAUCCCGCUGGCUCAGAUCAGCGCUGGAGGAGACCACAGCUUUGUGUUGUCUCUCUCUGGAGUCGUGUUUGGAUGGGGAAGGAACUCUGCUGGACAGCUGGGCCUCGGAGACACUACAGACAGACACGUCCCAACGAUGGUAAAUAGUCUGAACCGGAAGAAAACUGUGUCCAUCUCAUGUGGAGGGGAACACACUGCCACUUUAUCAAAGGGCGGCACAGUGUUCACAUUUGGAUCCGGAGGUUCUGGUCAGCUUGGGCACAACUCAUUUAGAGAUGAACAUCAUCCGCGGGUGGUUGCUGAACUGUGGGGGUCUGAAGUGUCACAGGUCACAUGUGGGAGACAUCACACACUCAUAUCAAUCACAUCAUCAAAGCUGAUCUACUCAUUUGGAUGUGGGACACAAGGGCAGCUGGGAAAUGGAAAAAUUAUCAAUAAGUCUGUGCCUUUCCCUGUGGAUCUGCCAACUGAAUGCAAUCAUGAAUAUAUGAUUGAAAAACUAAUUGCUGGGGAGAAUCAUUCCUUUGCUUUGUUUUUCAAGGAAUCUGGGAAUGAGUCCAAACCAAAUCCAAGCAGAGGAAUUUUGACAUUAGAUGACAGAAUGAUUGGCCGAUGGCUGGCUGGAAAUGAACCAUGGAAAGUGGUAAAGAAAGACAUAAACAAAGUGUUCUCCUCUGCUGCCUCUCUGAAUGGAAGCUUCCUCAAAAGAAGUCGUGAUGAUCAUUAUCAGACGUCUGAAGAGCAUUGUGGUUUGGAUUUUGAUCUGGUUAAAACAUCCUUUGCAAAGUUAUCAAAGAAUGAAAGCUUGAUAUCAGAGGUAGUGAAGGUGGUUCAGCAGACACUGCUGCCGUCUCUGAAUCCAAAUCCAGUUGGUGUGGAAGCUCUGAGUGUUUAUCUUCUCCUCCCUGAACUCAUCAGACAUCUCCAGGAACAACAAAGAACUGAACUCACUGAAGCUCUGGCUUUCAAAAUACUUCAGCUGAAUCCUGCUGCUCACAAGGAGUUAGAGAUGUACUGGUCCAAACUCCCGGGUGACUGGCUCAAAGGUUUGGUGAAGUUAUUUAAAAAAACGUCUGCUAAUUUGAUUGGCAGAUUUGCUUCUGACAGUAUGAACUGGGACUUAAUAGCACGCCUGCUGAAAUUUGUGAGGAUCCUUCAGAUGGUCUAUCAGGUCUGCUGCAGUGCCAACAGAAACAUCACAAAGAGUGAUUUCAUCAUCCAUGAGAUCAAUGAUCUACUAGAUGUGCUGGAAACUGCCAAUGAAGAUAUAAAUAUCUACAGGCAGUUGUUUCUCUUGACUGGACAAUUCCAAGCAGUGAUGGCCCAGCAAAACUAUUAUAAUACAAUCUUAAACAAUCUUAUAUCACUUCCAUGCAUCUUUAACCUGGAGGCCAAAUGUAGCCUUAUGAAGAACAGAACACGGAAGGGCUGUUUUCUGCUGACUCUGAGACGCACAACGCUGCUGGAGGAUAGUUUCUCUCAGCUGAGAACGGCCACUCAGCAACAGCUAACAGAAUACUGGCUAUCGGUGUUUUACACAGAGGAUAUGAGAAGAACAGAUGUCAACAAGAGGGACUUUUUUCACAAUGUGUUUAAAGAGCUUUGUGCACCAGAGUCUCAGCUGCUCAUGUACAAUGAUAACGAAACUAUGAGCUGGUUCCCAACAAUGCUCAGCGUGGAGAAGGAGAAGUACUUCCUGUUUGGGAUUCUGUGUGGCUUGGCCUUCAACAACAACUCCGUAGUGCAUCUGCCUUUUCCUUUAGCCUUGUUCAAGAAACUUCUCAAUGUCAAACCAUCUCUUGAAGACUUGACAGAGUUUAGUCCAGUUGUUGGCAAGAGUUUGCAGUACAUCCUAAACUUCAGCGAUGAUGUUGAGCAAAUGUAUAUGAACUACACGAUUGUAUGGAAUGGAGAAGAGGUCGAACUGGAUCCAGCUGAGCCAGGAAAAAUGGUCACAAAUUCUAACAGAGAAGACUUUGUGGACAAGUAUGUGGAUUAUACCAUGAAUAAAUCAGUGGAGGAAGUGUUUGAAGAAUUCAAGAGAGGCUUCUUCAAAGCAUGUGACAAAUGCAUGGUGGAGAUGUUUGAACCGGAGGAGCUGAGAGGAGUGCUGGUGGGCAAUGAGGAAUAUGACUGGGACAUACUCAAACAGAACACCACAUAUGAAGGAUCGUUUAAUGCUGAGCAUCCAACCAUCAUCUCAUUCUGGGAGGUGUUUGAUGAACUGACAUCAAAUGAGAAGAAGGCCUUUCUAUUGUUCUUGACAGGGUUCGAGAAAGUGCCCAUUCUGGGUAUGAGUGCGGUGAAGAUGAGAGUGAGACCCCCGUUCAUCUUUACUCAGGACCAUCUACCAGAGGCCCUCACCUGCCAUGCUCUCCUAGACCUUCCUGUUUAUCAGAACAAGGAAACACUCAAGGCUAAACUAAUUGAAGCCAUCAACCACAAGAGGGGGUUCUGGGAAGAAUGAGGCUGAUGCUGGAGUACACUAACUAAAAUCAAAAGUUUGAUCCUUUAUCUUCUUUGGCAUUAAAAGGGAUUGUUUCUUAAUAUAUAAGGGAGAUUGGGGUUUGUUGUAAGAACUUUAACAAUCAGUUUCUGCUUUAAUGUGUGAAAAAAACAAAUAAGGAAAAUACAAAGUUUACAUUUAUAUCCACUACAAUAGGAGAGGUUUAUUUUCUAAGUGCUGUAAUUUCUGUGAUGUGUUAAUGUUUCUUAAUAUUAAUAUAAUUAUUUUUAUUUUAAAUUUAAACUUUUAUUUUAAAGAAUUAUUAUUUAUUUUAAUUAUAUUUUUUAAACCAAGAUUAAAUAAUGAAAAAAAUGUAAAUAAAUAAAAAAAAUUGGAAAAAGAAGUGUGGAUUUUU